UAUAAUGGUGUGUAAGAUACCUAGAUACGUGGGUUGAGUUGUGUGGUAUGUAUUUACAUUUUCCCGGUUUAACUACUCCCUAUAAACAAAGAUCACCUAUGCUCGAUCUUCAAAGGAAUCUGGACGCAUAUAUCACCAUAUACUCGUACGAUAAAUGCAGGUCCUCAUCUUUGGAAGAGAGUCCCAAUCCCAAGAACUAAAUACUGAAUGGUUAUAUCUUUAUUAGCAUUAGCAACAGCCGGUUCACCAUGAAGAUCCCACCAAGCAGGAGCGGCGAGACCUGGAAUGAUGCUCAGAAUCAUAGCACCCAGGAAGCUUCCGAUAAGGCCGGCUUCAAGGCUGAGCUGGACCAGCUUUCGACUCAGAUGCGCCAAUAUGUCGACUUGACUAAUAGCCUUACUCGAAAUGCCGUCAACCUCACUGCUUCUCUCGGGGAGACGCAGGGCACUCUCGCAUCAAUCAAGGAAGAACUUACUUCGCUCAAGCUCGAGAACGCACAGCUCCGGCACGAGAUAACCACUCUUCGGCAUGACCAGGACAUCAAUAAAAACCCGCCAAAGAUAGAAGACUUUCCUUUAAUGAAGCUUCCGCCAGAUAUUCGUUGUAGAAUCUGGCAUCUGGCUGCCGGGGCUAAGCGCAAGGAGAUAUUUGAAGUUCCGUGGCGGAGUCUCGUUCCAGACACGGAGCCACGCUCGAGAGUGACGAUCGACAAGAGACGUAUGAGGGUGUCGCAUACCUGUCGAGAAGCGAGAAAUAUCUUAUGCCCUUACCUACGACGUUGUGGGCGGCCUCAUACCCCCGUACAGACGUACAUGGACCCAGACCGUGACAGCGUCAUAAUUAGCGACUUUUUUAUGACGGGGACGGGCUUUGAGGAUAUACUGGGGCAUGUGCAGCAACUCAUUCUAACGCCUUACCACGGAAGCUUUCGGAUUAUAGAAGAGAUAGCCUCGAGCUAUGGUCCAUGUUCGAACAUACAGUCGGUUAGCUUCGUGCUCGAGACUUGGAGUAUCUCACCCCAAGCGAGCGCUCGAAUCUGCAAACGGCUAUCCGCUCGUAUGCCGGUUGUGAUUGAUCUAGAUGAUGAUCAAGAGAUGCUUCGGGCGAUGAACGAUAUUGUCGACGGAUCUUGGCAUAAUCAGCGCCGCAGACUGGUAAACUCGCAGUCCGACUUUCAGAAGCAAUGUCAUAUAACUCGAACAAAGAAAUCGUAUAACAGGGUGACAUCCUGUGGGAGCAGGUUAUGUACUACAAGGAACUGGGAAGGGUUCUGCACUGCGUUCCGCGUGGGUUGGCAUGAGCAGAGUCAUUGGUAUAACGAGAGAGUGCCAGAUAUAAAGAGAGUCGCGCUGUUAGUCGAAGGAGACGAAGGGACUCCGAAGAUAUCGCAGCACUUACCUUGGCACCCGAAGAAUUCAUCGCAGUACUGAGAUCAGAGAUGUGUGUGCGCACUAGCUUUAUUUACUAUUUCGCCCCUAGACGGUUAUUGCAUUAGAGCUGGAAGUGGUAUCCAAUCAGAAGUUGAAUUUCCGAACUCACCCGCAAGUCGGCUGAUUCGGAUUGAGGCAAAGGAGUUAUAGGAUGCCUGGUUGAUUUAAUCUUAUUACUUAAACGGUCUCUCUGCAUUUUAUCAAGUGUCAAUUUAUCUCUCAAUUCCCCUCUGAAUAGCGUCCAGUCAUAAUUAAACUAGGUAGACUUCCAUUGGUGAUGAAAGUCAUAAUCGUCGGGGCGGGUCUUAGCGGCCUCAGCACCGCCAUCGCGCUCCGCAAAUUCAUCCCUGCUAGU